GGAAGGGAGGGAGGGAGGGUUGACCAUCAGGACUUUGGGAUCCAGUCCAAAGCCUGGAAGGAAGAGAAGGGAGGGAGGAAGGGAUUCUGUUUCAUUUCAUGAACUGGGUUAAUCCCCUCAAACGAUCUCAGAGAAAUCGAAAAUCGAAGGAGAAAACAAAUGGAUGAGCAAGAACGAGGACGAGUAGAGACCCUUCAACGUGAGAAACCCAGGAACUCGAGAUGGGGUUCCUUGAGCUCGGUUUCAACGCCCAUCCAGUGGUUCAGGAAGCUCCGGUCGGAGCUCCAUUGGAGCUUUCUGGUAGCAGUGGUGAUUGUUUACGGAAUCAAUCAAGGGCUGGGGAUGGGGCUCAGUAGGGUCAGUGUGCAGUACUACAUGAAGGAUGAGCAGAAACUGGAGCCAUCAGAGGCUCAGGUCUAUUCUGGGAUCAUUCAGAUUCCUUGGAUUGUCAAGCCAUUGUGGGGUCUCCUCACUGACACUCUUCCCAUUUUUGGGUUUCGUAGGAGGCCUUAUUUUCUUUUAUCAGGUUUCCUGACUAUAAUUUCCAUGCUUUGGCUCUCUCUUGGCGGGAAUGUUCCUCUUGCCUAUGCCCUGUCAUCUCUCAUAAUUGCAAGUGUCGGAGUGGCAAUAGCAGAUGUAACAGUUGAUGCAUGCGUGACACAAAACAGCAUAGCUCAUCCUUCCCUUGCUGGAGAUAUGCAGAGCUUGUGUGGGUUCAGCUCCUCUUUUGGAGCAUUGAUAGGAUUUUCACUUAGUGGCAUUCUCAUUCACCUUGUGGGGCCCAAGGGUGUAUUUGGAAUGCUCUGUAUUCCUGCAGCUCUCAUCAUUUUGGCUGGGAUAUUGCUGAGAGAAUCCCGUGCACAACACUUUGCUUAUCAGCGGGUUGAUGAGAAGUUCCUUGAUGCUGCUAAGUCGAUGUGGACGACACUUAAACACAGGGACGUGUGGAGGCCCUGUUUAUACAUGUACCUAUCACUUGCUUUAGGUUUGAAUAUCCGUGAAGGAAUCUUUUAUUGGUUUACUGAUGCUGAGGAUGGGCCAAAGUUCUCACAGGAGGUUGUCGGCUCCAUAUUCUCUUUCGGUGCGAUUGGCUCUCUUCUUGGAGUCUUUGUCUACCAAAAUUUCUUGAAAAGUCAUCCCUACCGCAGCACACUUUUCUGGGCUCAGUUGCUCUUCGGUUUAUCAGGACUAAUGGAUCUGGUACUAGUUCUGCGAUUGAACCUGAAAUUGGGUGUGCCUGAUUAUUUGUUCGUUGUGAUGGAUGACACCAUUUCUAUAUUUAUUAUACGAAUCAAGUGGAUGCCUCUUCUCGUACUUAGCUCCAAGCUCUGCCCUGCUGGUAUAGAAGGCACCUUUUUCGCUCUGCUGAUGUCCAUUGAUCAUGUGGGCCUGCUUUCUUCAUCCUGGACUGGAGGAAUCUUACUCCACAUGUUGAAUGUUACUCGGACGCAAUUUGACAAUCUUUGGAUGGCCAUUUUGAUUAGGAGCUUAUUGAGAGUUCUUCCAAUAGGGCUUCUCUUUUUGAUUCCCGAAAGCGAUCCGAGUAUGGCUGUUCUUCCAAGUGAACUGUUGAGGACGAAAAAGGGCGAUGAUGUGCUCGAACCUGAGACGCUCGAAAUGGCUCCACUUGUAAAUAGCGCUUGAUUGGAGUGACAACUAUACAAACUAUGCAAUCUUUUCAGCUUUCAUAAGAGUUUCCUUAUGGGGGAUUGAAGUGACAUCUUAGUUUACUUCAAUGGCGGGAAUAAGAUUAGCAGAAUCUGACGAUGAGAAACUCAGCUUUAUGUAAGGUUAGCAUUGGGAGAAAUCUACUCGAAGCGAUUUUUGUGAAUUGACAAACUACCAUCAUCUCAGUGACUGAUGAGGGUCGGGAGGAGCAGGUGGACUCUACUACAGAAAUUUCACAGGUAAGGCAUAGUGGUCGUUCCGUGUUGUGCUCAGUUGUCAUAUUAAAAUGUUUCUUGUGGAGUAGCAUCGACUAUUUUCAAUCUAUGCUGCAACUGAGACAUGCUGGUUGAGUAGCUGCACUUCCCUCUGGGAUUUAUCUGGUGGUAAAAGAUUUCGUAGAAGCUUUAUACUUUA